UCGUUUAAAAAUAUAUAAUAUUAUACAUGAAAACAUAACAAACCAUUUGUGUAUAUAUUAUUAUAUAUAUAUAUUUAUAUAUAUAUAUAUGAUAUCUAACAUUAUUAAUAAAAAAAAAUGUUACAAUAUAUAGAUUAAUCAAACGAUGUAACAAAGAAAGUUAUUAAGGUUAUUUUAUGUUUACUGUUUAUAUUUACAUGACAUGCCUUAUCAUUGAAUUUAUGAUAAUGAUAAAUUCUGAUUUUAAAUUCAUAAUAUGAAAGGUCAUUAUUUUAAUAUUUUUCACGGCGAGUAUCACGUAUACUUGAUCGCCUCUAUAUCGAACCUUUUAUCUCAUGUUUAUUUAGAAUAUAAGAGAUAGAAAUGAUUAAAUCCAUCACAAAUAACUAAUUGCUUCCCAGUUGAAAAGAAUCAUAUAUUCAGUUCAAACCAAACUAUGUAACAAGUAUCACUCUGCAAUUUUCAAACGUAUUACAUUAUUUUAUAUUAUUCCAUUAAUUUCUAUAAUAUUCUAAUUAUAUUCAAAACAUAAAAAAAAAUAUAUAUAUUCAUAGAAUAAUUAAAGAUAUAUCCCAAAAAGCUUUGCCGUGGAAAUGUUAAUAAAAUUAAUUUAAAUACAUAUACUUUUUGUGUGUGCCUGAAGUGUUCAAUAUCAGUAUUAUAAUGUUAUUAUAUAUAAUAUUGGCAAUUACAUUAAAUAAUGUUUUAAUCAUGAAUUGCGCCUGUUUGAACAAUAAUAGAACAAAUUCGUUAAAUAAAAAUUUAUCAGAUUUUACUUAUACAUGGACAGACAAAGUCCGUGCUGAUUUAGUAAAUUUGAUGUCUAAUAAUAAAGAAGUAGAUUGUUUUGGUUUAGGAAAAACAGUUGCUAUUGUUUUAGCAUGGUUUUUUUCCAUUGACAAAGCUAAUGAAUUAAGGUCAUUAGAUGUUCAAUUUCUUUUAUCAUCAAGAAAUCAGCCGAACAGAGUACAAGUGUAUAUUGGUCAACAGUUUGGUUUGGAAUGGACAGAUUUUAAAAUUGAACGUAGAACUAUUAUAAUAGUACAUGGAUUUUUAUCUCACAGCAAUGAGAAAUGGAUUACUGAAAUGGAGGAAGCAUUUCUUAAAUGGAAUGAUGUUAAUGUAAUAAUCGUGGAUUGGAGCGCAGAAGGUAAUACGUGGAAUUAUUAUAAAGCUGCCAUCAAUACUAAAAUAGUUGGACAUCAAAUUGCAAAAUUUUUAGAACAUAUAGUAAAUGCAACAGAAGUUACAUCUAAUUGGGGUACUAUACAUUUAAUUGGCCAUAGUCUUGGAGCACAUAUUUGUGGCUUUGCUGCAAAAGAAUUUAAGAAAAAAGAAAGUAAUUGGAUAAUACAUAGAAUCACUGGUCUAGAUCCAGCACAGCCAUGUUUCAGAAAUACAGAUUCAUCUAUUCAUUUGGAUAAAACAGAUGCACCAUUUGUUGAUAUAAUUCAUACUAAUGGAAAAUUACUCUCCAAUCUUGGCUUAGGUUUACCAGAGCCUAUUGGUCACGUAGAUUUCUAUCCUAAUGGAGGCCAAUAUCAACCAGGUUGUUCUGAAUCCAACACAACGAUCUUUGGCUAUUUACCUAUUCCUCAAACAUUUAUUCAACAAGCAAUAUGCAGUCAUGGUCGUUCUUAUAUUUAUCUUACUGAAUCUCUUUUAUUAACUUCUAUGAAUAAUUGUAGUUUCUGGUCACAUCAUUGGGACUUGACAUAUAGAAAUAUAAAACAAAUAAUGUCUGAAUCAUGUAACAAAGAUAAUUGCAUUGAAAUGGGAAUUAAAGCAGAGAAUUAUCCUCAUCGUGGAACUUUUUUUCUAAUUACUUCAAAUAAUACACCAUAUUGUGUUAAUGAAACAGAAUUACCAAAAGAAAUAAAAACACAGUUGAAAAUCGAUUAUAUUAAUGAGCUUCAGGAUUAAAAGAGAGAGAGAGAGAGAGAGAGAGAGAGAGAGAGAAAGAAAGAGAGAAAUACAUAAUUUUAUUAUAUAUGUUACGGACAAAGUCCAUAAUAGGGGCAUCAUGAAUAAUGAGAAACAAUGAAAAGGUCAUAACAUAUAUACAGAUAUUAUUUUCGUAAAUAAAUGCAUUUUUUAUCUUAAAAAUACUAUUUAUAUAUAGCGUUUAUACUUGUACGUAUCGCAUUUAAAUUAUUUUUUGACUAAUAUUUACAAUUGGCAACAUUUAUAUUAUUUUAUAUACAAUUUCUAAUGACAAAGGAUUUAACCAGUUAGCUCAUAGCGCUAUAAAAUCAUUUAAAUUAUAUUAUGAUAAAUGUAAAGAAAACAAAUUGCAUAAGGACACUAACAAUUGUUACAGCAUAAGUACCUGUUAUAUUCUAAUAACAUGGUUGGUAACAUUAAUAUAAUUUUAUAUGUUGAGCUAAUUAUGGUUUAAUCACGUGUUUUGUGCGUUUACAUCGCCGUUUUAAUUUUUAAUCAUUGGCACUUUGUUCCUUGGUAUUUGAUAAAAAAAAAUCAUCAAAAUACAUUGUGUGAUAAAUAAUA